GUGCAGAAAAGGAAAAUGUUCAAGAUCCCAAGUGCCCACGCCUCAAAGUCCGAGAUUGUGAAGUCUGGGAGUCCUAAAUCUAACGUCAAGCACAUGUGGACUGAAGGCAGUAAGGACAUGUCCAUCAGUCGGCUGCUGUUACAGACUCUGCAUGGCAAAGAGAACAACACAGCUUUGGACUUCCGCUACGACACUCCGGAGCCUUAUUCGGAGCAGGACCUGUGGGACUGGCUGAGGAAUUCCACAGACCUGCAGGACUCGCGCCCCAGGGCUAAACGGCGGCCCAUGGUCAAGACCGGGAAGUUCAAGAAGAUGUUCGGCUGGGGGGACUUCCACUCUAACAUCAAGACGGUGAAACUCAACCUACUGAUCACUGGUAAGAUCGUGGAUCACGGCAACGGAACAUUCAGCGUCUACUUCCGCCACAACUCCACGGGCCAGGGCAACGUGUCCGUCAGCCUGGUCCCUCCCACCAAGAUAGUGGAGUUCGACGUGGCGGCACAACAGUCCGUCAUCGAUGCCAAGGACUCCAAGUCCUUCAAUUGCCGCAUUGAGUACGAGAAGGUGGAGAAGGGCGCCAAGAACACGCUGUGCAACUUUGACCCAUCCAAGACGUGCUACCAGGAGCAAACUCAGAGCCACGUCUCCUGGCUCUGCUCAAAACCUUUCAAAGUCAUCUGCAUCUUCAUCUCCUUCUACAGCACCGACUACAAACUGGUGCAGAAGGUGUGUCCGGACUACAACUACCACAGCGACACUCCGUACUUCCCGUCUGGCUGACUUUUGCUCACAUGCAGUAGACCAGCACCAACCAGGGCUUCACCCCACCACCCAGAAAUGUCUAUGUUCUGUCCGCCGAAGUUUCAAACAUCGCGGUAUCAAACCUUCCUAUUGGUAUCCUAUUCUAACGUUUACAUUGUUGCAGGGAGGACCUUUUGUUGUGAUGUUAAAUCGGUAAAAAUAAUUACUUUUCUGUUUCAGCUCGUGUUUUAACCCUGUUGACUUUUCAUUUAUUGGUACUUUUUAGGGUCUUGAUAGUAUUCCUCUCUACGUUUUUCUUGUUUGGUCACAACUUUUUUGCAACUCUUACCCGGGUCAUUUUUUUUAUAUGGUGCCUUUUGCGUCCCCAGUAUAAAUCAUGUCAUAUUUUCUCAAAAUAUUUACAAUUGCUCAUUCCAUUAGUUUCUUUGUGUAUGGUAAAUUGUUGUCUAUCAUAAAUACAGUGAUAUGGGCUUCAAACAUUAGAAUAUAUAUUUUUUAAAGCUUUUGUUAAAGUUCUAUUAUGCGAUUUUGCCAUGUCCCUGGUGCUGUUUAUUCAACUUUAAUCUAGAAAAUAACAAAUAAAAACAUAUAUUUUAAAUUUUUUUUUGUUAUGAUAUAAUUAUCAUAGACAAGCUCUCUUUAGUCAUAUGGUGUAUAUUAUCAAAAUCGUAAAAAGAAUUACAAAAAAAUAAGGUUCUAUGUCUGUCCCUGUGGUCGCUGUCCACUCUGUUAAGUUGCGUUACUGUCCCUUUAAGAAAACAACCACAUUUGUCAGUGACAUCAUUCUCAUCAGGUAACAUCACACCAGUGGCGGGAAACUCAACUCUGGUAAGCUGUGUGGUUUUUUAGCUCUCUUACUAUCUGAUGUUGAUGUUUUUAUGAAGUGAAUUUAAUGUGGUUGAACAUAACGUGUCCACUCUGUUAGGCCUAAAUAAUAAGGAGAUCAAUCAAAUUGAAAUUUUUCAAAACAUGUUUGUGUGAAAUUAUAGAUUUCUUAUCAAUUAUUCAAGUCCAUGCUAGCUGUUAUGUUAACACAGGCAGGCUGAAGGCUAACUUUAGCUCAAAAUGUCCACCGUGUUAGUGUCCACCGUGUUAGCCUCAUUCAUUAUCAAGGGGUUGAUAAUAAUGAUAUAACAUUUUAGUAAUUUGUAUCAUAAUUCAUAUUUCUUAAGAAAUGAAAUAGAUUAAUAUCCCCCGUUCUCAAAAAUGCCCUUGUUUUUCUCAAUAUAUGCUAUUUAAAAAUGUAUGUAUUCUAAAAAUAUAUCUGCUUAGAGUGAGGGAUAUACAAUCCAUAUAGGAAAGUCAUUAUACAGGCAAUCAUGCACUGAAAACACAUGUAUGCUGUUAUGCAUAUGUCCUUAACAGAGUGGACAUAUCCCGUGUGUCACCUCUCAUUAAUAUAGCUAAAUAUGCUAUGAUUUAGGUGCCUGAGUUCGACCAAUAUGUUUUUCAGCAAGUUACAUAUGUCAUGUAUACAAUAGAACAUAAAAAUAUUGGUAAAUCAACUAUUUAUUUUUUACAAGUUAUGAAGUCCAAAUGGCACCCUAUAAAAAAAACGACCCACCCCAGAUUUCCACUGAAUGAGUAACGGCAGCUAAACGCAGUCGGGCGAUCCCCACCGCCCUUCUGUUGUGGGUCCGUCCACAAUCCAAAAUAACACAGACUUUUUACGAGAUCUGGAGAAUCCGCAUGUAGUAAAGCGGACCACAAACAAUUGAUUUACCAAACACUCUCCUGCUUUCCCGGACCCCUGAUCAGCUUGUGUUUGACACAAGCCCCCGCAUCCCCAUAUAGCUGCCCGGGAUGUGCCUGUAUAUGAUUUUUUUUAAAUUCGGACCUCUAGAAUCAGCAUGUCCUCAUCCGUUUGGGUCAACGUCUGCAAACAUUUGACAAGUUGACUUGCCUAUUUAGGACGUUUCAAAGUGUAAAAUACGAUCGGCCUUGAAAACGGGAGUAUUUUAUUCUGAAAAUAAACGGGACCAUUUAUUUUGCGGACUUCCUGUCCAAUACAAGCUGAUUUGAGCUAACUUGAACGGGUGUGUUGCGGCGACCGGCAAAUAUAGAACUCUGCGCAGGAAUCCGGACUGGCACUGCACUGUCGGUGGAAACUGAACACCAUCCAUCCAUCCAUUUUCUACCGCUUGUCCCUUUCGGAGCCUAUCUCAGCUGCAUUCGGGCGGAAGGCGGGGUGCACCCUGGACAAGCCGCCACCUCAUUGCAGGGAAACUGAACACAUUGGCUUGAGUAAAAACGGAACAAGUCCGCCAGCGUGGCGGCGCCGUCACGCAUCCAGUGGAAGUCCGGGGUUAGGAUGGAUUAAUGCAGGCUUGUUGAUCAUUUUUGAUUCUGGUGAAUACGCUGUGAAGAUUAAUGCUAGUUUGUGAGCCGCUGUGUUAGGAUGGUCGGAGCAUAUGCACCUUCAGCUGAGUUGCACUGGAAACACUGACUCAGCAUUUGACUCUGGAACCUCAGCUGCUUUCACAAUGCAGACUUCUACUGCCAGCAUCACAAAAUACUCAGCUGGUCGUCGAUGCUGAUUUCCUGGCCCUUGCCCAUGUUCGAUUUUUCAAUUAGCAAAUAGUUUUGGAGGAGUGU